CGCCUGCUCUCGGCCGCCUCUGCUCUUGUCCGCUCCCCCUUUCCCCAGCCGGCCUCUGGCGGUCUUCGCAGCCGCAAGCCCUCCUUCUGCGCCCCGGCCCGCCGCCGCCCGCUCCGGGCCCAGGCCGCACCAUGGUGAAGGUGACGUUCAACUCGGCCCUGGCCCAGAAGGAGGCCAAGAAGGACGUGCCCAAGAGCAGCGAGGAGGCGCUCAUUGUCCCCCCGGAUGCGGUGGCGGUGGACUGCAAGGACCCAGAUGAUGUGGUCCCCAUUGGACAGAGGCGAGCCUGGUGUUGGUGCAUGUGUUUUGGACUGGCAUUCAUGCUUGCUGGUGUCAUUCUAGGAGGAGCAUACCUAUACAAAUAUUUUGCACUUCAACCAGAUGAUGUGUACUACUGUGGAAUAAAGUACAUCAAAGAUGAUGUCAUGCUAAAUGAGCCUUCUGCAGAUGUCCCAGCUGCUCGCUACCAGACAAUUGAAGAAAACAUAAAGAUCUUUGAAGAAGAUGAGGUUGAGUUCAUCAGUGUGCCAGUGCCUGAGUUUUCAGACAGUGAUCCUGCCAACAUUGUCCAUGACUUUAACAAGAAACUCACUGCUUAUUUAGAUCUUAACCUGGACAAGUGCUAUGUGAUCCCUCUAAACACUUCCAUUGUUAUGCCACCCAGAAACCUGUUGGAGCUACUUAUUAACAUCAAGGCUGGAACCUAUUUGCCUCAGUCGUAUCUCAUUCAUGAACACAUGGUUAUUACUGAUCGCAUUGAAAAUGUUGAUCACUUGGGUUUCUUUAUUUACCGGCUGUGUCAUGACAAGGAAACUUACAAACUGCAACGCAGAGAAACUAUUAAAGGUAUUCAGAAACGCGAAGUCAGUUCUUGUGUCACAAUUCGACAUUUUGAAAACAAAUUUGCUGUGGAAACUUUAAUUUGUUCUUGAACAGUCAAGAAGAAACAGAAAAUGUAACACCAUAGCAUAACUCACCCUUUGUAUUGUGUGCAGUGAUUAUUUUUUAAAUCUUCUUUCAUGUGAGUAGCAAACAGGGUUUCACGUUCAUUAAUUCAAUUAAAACCAUUAUCUUUAAAAUA